GUGUGGAGCUUCUAUACCCAAGUGAAACAGUACAAAUUGUCGUUGCCAAACUCUUCUUUCAUCCUACUUAUGAAAAUCAUAUCAACUUGCCAUUCACCCCAAGCCCUGAAGAUGGCAAUAUCUGUGUACUACGAUGCACUCAAUAACUAUAAACAAGGUUCAAGAUUGGUGGUUCCUUUAUCGCAAUCCGAGAAAACAAAGCUAUCCAUAUUACUAUUAUCAUCUUAUGAUGAUUCCACAGAUUAUAACCAGAUUCUUCCGUUAAAUAUGUUAUGGGAAACAUACAUUAGCCAAUUGCCAGAUGAGUCGAAGAAUAUCGAAGUCUUAUACCAUAGAGCUUACCUAUCCAUUUUACUAGGCUCACACCAGUUAGAAAGUGCAAUCGAGUAUUUCGACCUCGUGGUAAAACACUUCACUUUCCCAAAACUACAAUUGCUUUCAGAGCUUCCUAUGGCAAAGUUUAUCAACAAUUUGUGCUCUACCAGCGAUUGUUCUAAUCUAAAUUCAGUCAUACAAACGAUUAUCACUUAUGGGAGUGGUCAGAUACUUACGACUUCGAUGUGGAUAAAAAUAUUAGAUGUAGGGUUGAAAGAAAAUGACUAUCAAUUGGUCAAAACUAUUUACGAUAAUUACAUUAUGAAAGGAUUUGCUGACUCUGCAGUCACCACCGAGCAGGCAAUUUUCGAGGAUUUCAGUUCCAAAAACCAAAUUUUUAACACCCUAAAUGACAAGAUAAUCUUUCAAAUUCUUCACACCUUGUCCACCAAUGGAGAUGUUAACCUGACUUUGACCCUCAUUGAAACUCAUUUCCUUCACAAAUCGGCAAAAGGGGAGAAGGCAUUAACAAAGGAACUAUGCAUCAAGAUCAUCGAAUCGUACUGCUACCAUAUAGAGUCUCAACGGGAAUGGUCAGAUAUUUCUUCCAAAACCAUCAAAGAUCAAAGUAUAAAAAAAUUGUUGGACGUUUUGAAUGGUUUCAUGAUCAAAUUCGUCAGAGAUAACAAUGAAGUGCUAUCUUACAAGGACAUCACCUCCGCCAUGUCUAUCAAAUUCUGGAAUUACUAUGCUUAUGACGAGAAUAUACAGAAGGAACAAACCAAAAGAUCCAUCAUAUCUGAAAGUAUCAUACAUUCAGAAGAAAACGAGUGGCAAACAAUGGUUCUACCAAGAAAACUCUCGAACAAAAACUUACAUUCUUCGAGCUUUGGAAACAUGUUGGCUAAUAUGGAUAUUUUGAGAGAGUUUGUGCUGGACCAUAUCGAGUAUCUCUCCUUAGACUCUAACUUUCAACCCAAAACGAUAACAUUAUUUAUUAAUUGUUUAUUGAAUCAUAUUAAUUUACAUCAAAAUUUCACGGCAACCACUCAGGUAUUACUCCAAUUGAAAAAUAAGAAUACUAAUUUCAUUAAUGAGUGGUUGGAUGGUGAUCUGAUUAAUAUCAUACUCAACACUUUGGCGAUAUCUUCUGCAAGCAAAAAGUCUUCGCGGAUUUUAUUCGAUUAUUUGAAGCACAACUCAAUACCCAUAACGCCGGAUCAAUAUAGGUAUCUUCUUUCAGCUAAUUUAAAGGGAUAUAUUCAUGAUGGGUUACAUAUGGUGCUCUAUGGGUAUCUUCAUGACUAUAAUGGUGUUGUGACCUCCGAAAUCAAGCACUUGUUGCGAGAUAUUCCGACCAAAGACAUCCAUGGGCACGAAGGCACGCUAAAGUUGAUCGAAUUUUGCAAUCUGUCCCCCCAGACUAUUAUUAAAGAAGUAGAUCAAUUCUAUGGCAAUAAUAACCUUCACAAGGAGUUCGUUACAGAAGAACCAAUAGGAAAUUGGAGUAAGAAAUAUUAUCAGGAUUUUGAUAUUAGGGAUGCGGGGUAUAUAAAGGGAAUAUUCAGUUUAUAG